AGUAAGAUUUUUUGUAUUUUAACAGAUUUGAUUAGAUUCAAGACUACUUUUUUGUCCGAUCAGAGAGAGAUGGAGAGCGUUCUUUCACUGAAGAUGUUGGCACUGGUUCUGCUGGUGUCCAGUAUGAACGAGGGACGGAUUGUGAGUAAAUGUGAGCUGAAGACAUAUCUGGAAGCCGCUCAGUUUCAGGUGAUGAAGGCCAUGGGAAACAGUAUGACUGUUGAACAUCUCAUUGCCAGACUGGUUUGUAAUGUGGAAAACACUUCCGCAUUCAACACCAGCCUCGUCACCGGCAUCCAGAUCAACCUAGAGGAUCUCAGACCUCCAUUCCAGUCUCGUCCCCCUCCAAAACAACCAGAAGAACCCACUGCAAAGGAAGAAGAUGAUGAGAAAAUGAAAGAGGAACAAAUAAUCCCUGUUCAACCACAAAAACGUCCCAAAGGAAGACCCGCAAGAUCCAUCCCUGUGGACAAGGUCAUUUCCUCUGCUGUGCAAGGAGAAAAGGAACUCUUCUGGAUGUGGCAGCGUGACAUUUUCCCAAAGAAACCCCCCGCUGAAUCUUCUGGAAGCAGCUCAGAGGAGUCGUCUGAAGAGCGCGGCUCCGGAGACAGCUCGGAGGAGGAGCUUGAUGAUGUCAUCUCACAGAACCUGUUCGGCAUCUUCCAGCUCAGCGAUCGGGUGGCUUGCGAUUCCGGAUCUAACAGAACUCUGAACCUGUGUGGCCUGGAGUGCAGUGCUCUCGUUGAUGACGACAUCACUGAUGAUGUCAUCUGCUUAAAGACUUUGGUAGAACGUCGUGGCAAGUUCAGUGGCUUCAGUCCCAAAAAGAGAUUCUAUGCUAAGAUGAUGGCAAUGCUGUCAGUAAAAGAGUGUCGCUCUAUCAUUCCCUCUGAAUACUUUGCUGAAUGUUCCUGAAAGAUCUCUACACCUCCAACAUCACAUUUCUCAGUUUUUCAAAAGCCUCUCUUCAAAUGAUAUGUACUGUAUAUCCUCUACAUACCUCAUGAAAU